UGACGAAAUUUGUGGAUGAAGUUAUUAGAGUUGUUCAUUCAAAUCACAGAGAAGAAGAAGAUGAAGAAGAUACGGUUAAGAUCCACCCGAGGGUUCUUCUUCCUUUCUUGCAUCAAAAAAAGCAAUCCGCCGCAAGCUUCGUUCGUCUCCUCUCCCAGGUUUCUUGACUUAAUCCCAACUUUGAACAUGGCGUAUCAAGCAAUGAAGCCCGGAAAGGCUGGUUUGGAAGAGCCACUUGAGCAAAUUCAUAAGAUCAGGAUCACUCUCUCCUCCAAGAAUGUCAAGAACUUGGAGAAAGUGUGCACUGAUUUGGUUCGUGGAGCUAAGGACAAGAGACUGAGAGUUAAAGGACCAGUGAGGAUGCCUACCAAGGUUCUUAAGAUCACUACCCGUAAAGCUCCUUGUGGUGAAGGAACCAAUACAUGGGACAGAUUUGAGCUUAGGGUUCACAAGCGAGUGAUUGAUCUCUUCAGCUCUCCUGAUGUUGUCAAGCAAAUCACUUCCAUCACUAUUGAACCUGGUGUUGAGGUUGAGGUUACCAUUGCCGACUCUUAGAUCACAGACCCUUCUGUUUUUUGUGCUUCUUUCAAAUUCUCUUUCAUGAAACUAUCUCUUUCCUCUGGUUCUUAACUACACUUAAGAGUUGGAUAAACAAAUGUUUUGCUGUAGUGGAAACCUAAGUUCUUGUUUUUUUCUUUGUUGAAUAGAGUUUUGAAGAUUUUGAUAUUACAAUUACUUGCUCU